CCAAUGGAGUCUGUGAUGGAGCCGCUGCAGUUCGACUACAACUCACAGAUGCCCAUGGAUUCGGCUCCUACCGUCGGACUAUUUGAUUACACCAACCAACAGCAACUCUUCCAGAGAAACAACGCUCUCGCCGUGCAGCAGCUCACAGCCGCUCAGCAACAACAAUACGCUCUGGCGGCGGCACAGCAGCCACACAUUGCUUGUGUUAUAUCUACAGGUUUGGCCCCAGCCUUUGUGCCCAAUCCUUAUAUUAUCAGCGCCGCCCCGCCAGGUACGGACCCCUACGCAGCGGGGCUAGCUGCAGCGGCAACUCUUGGUCCGGCGGUGAUGCCUCCUCAGUACUACGGCGUCACACCCUGGGGCGUCUACCCCGCCAACCUAUUUCAGCAACAAGCAGCUGCCGCCAACAACUCAGCCAAUCAACAGGCCGCAGGCCAGGGCCAGCAGAACCAACAGCAGGUGAUGCGUGCAGGGGGGAACCAGCGCCCCUUGACGCCCAGUCAGGGGCAGCAAGGGCAGCAGAACGAGCAGCUGGUUGCCACGGCAGCUGUCAACUCAGCCCUGGCUUUUGGGCAGGGCCUCGCAGCAGGAGUGCCCGGUUACCCGGUCCUGGCCCCUGCAGCUUACUAUGACCAAACGGGUGCCCUGGUUGUUAACACUGGAGCUCGUAGUGGUCCCGUUCGCCUCAUGGCCCCCGCGUCUGUCAUCAUAUCGCCUUCUGCAGCACAAGCAGUCGCUGCCGCUGCAGCUUCGGCAGGUGGUGCUAAUGGGGGCCUGGGUGGCGGCGCUAAUGGACCCUUCCGAGCUAUGACGUCCCAGCAGCCCCAGCAGCAGGGAGGACCCGGCGGCGGCCCGCUGGGAGGCAGCUCUUUCUACGGCUCGUCCUCGCUCAGCUCGUCAUCGCAGAGCUCUUCGCUCUUCUCGCAGGGUUCUGGCCAGCCCGGCCCAGGCUCGGCUUCCCUGGGAUUCAGCCAGCAAGCCUCUUCGUCCCUUGGUGCUUCGCUCGGGGCCACGUUGGGAGGCUUUGGUACUGCGGUGGCCAACUCGAGUGGCGGCAGCGGAUCACGACGAGACUCUCUGACGGGCAACAGCGAGCUGUACAAGCGCACGCCCUCCAGCCUCACGCCCAUCGGCCACGGUGGCUUCUACAAUGGCACGCUGGGCUUCAGCCCCUCACCCGGCCCCGUGGGCAUGCCGCUGCCCAACCAGGGCCCGUCCCACUCGCUCACCCCGCCACCCUCGCUCUCCAACCACAGCUCCUCGUCAAACCUCAACCUUGGGGGUCUGACCAAUGGGAGUGGGCGCUUCAUCUCUGCCGCACCGGGCGCCGAAGCCAAGUACCGCAGCGCCGCCAGCUCGGGCUCGUCGCUCUUUUCUCCCAGCAGCCAGCUGUUCCCAUCGUCGCGGCUACGCUACGGCAUGUCUGACGUGAUGCCCUCGGGACGCAGCCGCCUGUUGGAAGACUUCCGCAACAACCGCUACCCUAACCUUCAGCUGCGUGACAUCGCUGGGCACAUCAUGGAGUUCAGCCAGGACCAGCAUGGCAGUAGGUUCAUUCAGUUGAAGUUGGAGCGAGCCAGUCCGGCCGAGCGCCAGCUAGUAUUCAGUGAAAUCCUGCAGGCCGCCUACCAGCUCAUGGUGGACGUUUUUGGCAACUAUGUAAUCCAGAAAUUCUUUGAGUUUGGCAGUUUGGACCAGAAGCUGGCGCUGGCCGAGCGUAUUCGCGGUCACGUCCUGUCGUUGGCCCUGCAGAUGUACGGGUGCAGAGUCAUCCAGAAAGCACUGGAGUUCAUCCCGUCCGAUCAGCAAAGCGAGAUGGUGCGCGAGCUGGACGGUCACGUGCUCAAGUGUGUGAAGGACCAGAACGGCAACCACGUGGUGCAGAAAUGUAUCGAGUGCGUGCAGCCGCAUGCUCUGCACUUCAUCAUAGACGCCUUCAAGGGGCAGGUAUUCGCCUUGUCCACUCACCCGUACGGCUGCCGAGUCAUCCAGCGCAUCCUGGAGCAUUGCCUGCCCGAACAGACGCUGCCCAUCCUGGAAGAGCUUCACCAGCACACGGAGCAGCUCGUGCAGGACCAGUACGGCAAUUACGUCAUCCAGCACGUGUUGGAGCACGGCCGAGCCGAAGAUAAGAGCAAGAUAGUGGCGGAGAUCAGAGGGAACGUGCUGGGACUCAGUCAGCACAAGUUUGCGAGCAAUGUGGUAGAGAAGUGCGUGACGCACGCAUCACGGGCAGAGCGAGCGGUCCUGAUCGACGAGGUGUGCAGCCUGACGGAAGGGCCCCACAGUGCCUUAUACACCAUGAUGAAGGACCAGUACGCCAACUACGUGGUACAGAAGAUGAUCGAUGUGGCCGAGCCCACCCAGCGAAAGAUCGUCAUGCACAAGAUCCGACCCCACAUCUCCACGCUUCGGAAGUACACGUACGGCAAACACAUCCUGGCCAAGCUGGAGAAGUACUACAUGAAGAACGGUGUCGACCUGGGACCCCUAUGCGGACCUCCCAACGGCAUCAUGUAA